GAAGCCAAAGCCCGUCUGGAAACAGUUUGCAAGGGGUCGUUAAAGAAGAUUAAGCCGGUAACAAAAUAUCGUUUUUAGCUACAUUAAGUUUACCUUUCAAGGCUCCAGUUUUGAUUACUGAGCAUACAAAUCUUCAAUUCAGACCAUGGUGACAAAAUAAAAAGUGUACACGGACGUUUUCGAGGAGAUUUUACGCUUUCUCUGUCGGUUGUUGGUGUUCAGGAAUUAGCAAGCUAGUUAGCACUAGCCUAGAAAUACUAGCCAGCCUAGCUUGCUAACGUUCGCUUCCAAUAGUCUGAUUAUCAACUGAGAUGUUUGCAGCAUUUCUCGGAUGUCUACGGACGGCAGAUUGCUGAACCAGAGGGCCUCAAAUGGGAAAAACAAGCAUCGGACAGGAAUAUCGGGGAUAAGCUUGUCGACGUAACUCAGAUUCUGUUGAAGGGGACACGGAAACCGUGCACGGGCGAAUCAGGAAUCCGUAAGACAAAGGCCUGACCUCUGAAAUUGAGGGUCCAUUUCAGGCGAACUUGUACACGACAGGAACGGUGAUGAGAUCCAACCUACAUUGAAUUCUCUGCUGCAGGAAUAAGGAUUCGUUGGACUUCUCUACUGCAGCCCUUUUUAAAGCAGGAUUUUAACGUCACCCAUCCGAGGACAGCCAUGGAAUCGUUUCAAUGCACCCCUUGUCCUGUGAGCGCCCAGGCUGUCGUGGAUCCCGUGCCCCUGCUGUUCAACUGACGGUCGAUGACGAUGCGAUGGAAGCGUGAAUGAGGUUUGGCGUGGCGAUAGCUGAACGAUGCCCAAGGGUGGGGGUUCAAAAACCCCCCAGCUGGAAGACUUCCCACUCAACACUGACAUGGUGGAGAAGCAGAGUGGGAAGAAGGAUAAAGUAUUGUCAAACAAGACUCCUAAAUUGGACCGCAGCGAUGGCGUCAAAGAGAUGAAAGAGAAGGCAUCCAAGAGGAAGCUUCCCUUCACUGUUGGAGCCAAUGGAGACCAGAAAGAUUCUGACUCAGAAAAGCAAGGUCCGGAACGGAAGCGCAUUAAAAAGGAGCCCACCAACACCAGGAAGUCGGGCCUGCCGUUUGGGAUGGGCAUGCCAGGGAUCCGGGCCGGGUACCCCCUCUCUGAGCGGCAGCAGGUGGCUCUUCUCAUGCAGAUGACGGCUGAAGAGUCAGUCAACAGUCCAGACACAACACCAAAGCAUCAGUCGCAGUCAAGUCUGGGCCAGAAGGGAACGCCAAACUCUGCAUCUAAAACCAAAGACAAAGUAAAUAAGAGAAAUGAGAGGGGCGAGACGAGGCUGCACCGGUCAGCCAUCCGUGGAGAGGCACGCCGCAUCAAGGAGCUCAUCAGUGAGGGAGCGGACGUGAAUGUAAAAGACUUUGCAGGCUGGACUGCACUGCAUGAAGCGUGCAACCGAGGCUACUACGACGUGGCCAAGCAGCUGCUGGCAGCCGGUGCAGAGGUCAACACCAAGGGCCUGGACGACGACACCCCUCUGCAUGACGCAUCAAACAACGGGCACUUCAAGGUGGUAAAGUUGCUUUUAAGGUAUGGAGGGGACCCUCGACAAAGCAACAGAAGGGGUGAAACCGCGUUGAAGGUUGCUAACUCCCCAACGAUGCUCAAUCUGUUGCUUGGAAAAGGCACGUAUACCUCCAGUGAGGAGAGCUCGUCAGAAUCUUCAGAGGAAGAAGAUGCCCCAUCGUUUGCCCCAUCCAGUUCGGUGGAUGGCAAUAACACAGACUCAGAGUUUGAGAAGGGCCUGAAGCUGAAAGGGAAGAAAGGGCUGGAUCAGCCCCUAUCCACAACAACCACCCCCGUCAAGGACGAGUAUGAGUUUGACGAGGAUGAUGAGGAAGAGCGCGUCCCUCCGGUGGACGACAAGCACUUGCUCAAGAAAGAGUUCCGCAAGGAGUCUCCCAGUGUCACCAAGGCUGGCGGCUUAGUUUCAGUACCGAAGGGGGAGGUGGUCAAAACCUAUUCCAAAAGCAACUCGCUCACACCAAAGAAGGCUGUUAGACGGAUUCUCUCUGACAGCUCAGACGAGGAUGAUGGAACGUUGUCUUUCACACCUAUGCCCACACCACGGCAACCAGCGCCACCUACUAAUACCAAGGCCCGGGACUCUGCUACACUGAGCUCUAAGCAGCAGAAAGAGAAGACUAAAGUUAAGAAGAAGAGGAAGAAGGAGACAAAAAAUGUCAGUAAGGAGGUCAGAUUUGGUAAAGUCAAUGACAAAUUCUGCACUUCUGACUCUGAUUGUGGGGACAUAGGGAGUGAGGAUGAUGAAGGCUCUAUGAAGAACUCGAACUGUAUAAAGGACUCCACAAUGAGCCUAAAAGAAUCCUCUGAGUUCAGUACUCACUCUGCAUCCUCUUCUUCCUCUUCACAUGGAAGCAUGAGCUCUCAGAAACUGACACCCUCGCUGACAGAGCAUAACCCAAAGCAGUGGAGGACAGACGGCUGGAAGACUGUGUCAUCUCCUGUAUGGUCAGAUGUAAGCUCCCUCUCUGACUCGGUUAGAACAAGGCUUUCCAGUGAGUCGGACUACUCCUCUGCCGACUCGAGUGUCGAGUCAGUGAAACAGGUGAGAAAGAAAGCACAGGAAAACAGAAAGAAAAACAAUGUGCACACCAAUGCACUAGACAAAAAGAACUCUGACUUUCACAAGAACUCCAACACAGAUAGUACGGUCUCCAAAACGGAUAAAGAUGGCAAAGUGUUGAAAAAGCAUAAAGUCAAACACAAGCACAAAAACAAAGCGAAAGAAAAGGCUCCCAGUUUAGUGCUCAAUCAAGACAUGAACGAGAAAUUUGUUAAGAGCUUCUCCUUUGAUUUUGAUGAUUCAAGGCAGAAGUCACUCCUUGUUGAGACUGAGUCUCCAGCUGAAAGCAAGGUCAAGCUCUCUAAACAUGAAAAAGAGCAUUUGAAGAAGGAGGACAGGUUGUCGAAGGGCAAAUCUGAGGACAGAGACUGGUCUUCUGGAAAAGAGGUGCAAAGAACUGCUAAGGAGGAGAAAUCCAAGAAAACAAAAGAGUCCACCAAGGAGAAACCUAGCAAGGAGGAGAGGGAAAAGCCCUUGAAAACUGAAAAAGAAAGGAGCCUCAAGGAAAAAGAGAAGCCCAAGGAGGACAAACAACAAAAGACUCAAAAGGAGGAGAAGAAGAAAAAGUCAAAGGACAAGUCAUCUAAACCAGACAGGAAGAGCAGUGAGCAAAAAGAAGAAAAACAUAUUAAGGUGGAUAAGGAGAAAAAUUCCAGGGAGGAGAAGGAAAAAUCUAAGAAAGAAAAGGUUCUGAAGGAAGAGCCUGAUUAUGAAGUCUAUGAUGUCAGUAACCGUUUCUUAAACCUAGAAGACACCAAGCUCAGUGCCUCAGACGACCACCACGACCGAUGGGCGUCAGACCUUUCCUCUGACUGUGACCUAUAUGGAGAUGACAGCUGGGAUGCUCCUCCUGUGAAGGACUACAAAGAAUAUAAAGCAUGCAACACUGUAAAGCUGAUCGUUGAGACUGAAAAAAUAGAGGGCAGAGACCGGAGGAAGGAGAACAAAAUCAAAGACAAGAAAUUAGAUCAUAAUGACAAACGGUCAGAGAAAGAGCCUACCUCCAAGAAGAAAGAGAAAGAGUCUUCAGAAAAAAUCUGCGACAAGAAAAAGGAUUUGACCGAAAAACAGAAACUCAACUCCAGCCACUCUGUGGAAAAGGAGAAGAAGCGAAAGGAAUCUGCCGAUACUGUCAAAGAGAAGAAAGAGAAGGACUCCACGGACAGCAGUAGAGACCGAAAAGAUUCCUAUGAGUUCACUAAAGAAAGAAAGGACUUGAAAAUCAAACAGGAGUCCAUAAGAGACGAUUAUGGGAACGAUGCCUCCGUCAAAGAAAUUGAAACUGUCAGCAAACCAUGUGAAAUUAGAGAGAGGAACCACUCUGGAAAAGAGAAGGAGAGAAAGGGAGAGGGGGUGGAAAAGAGAGAAAAGACAAAAGCUGACAAACACAAGGAAAAGCCUAAAGACCGAUCCAUAGAACAGGACAAGGAGAAGCCUGAGAAGACCUCAACUGAGAAGCUUUUGAAAGAAAAGGACACAGACAGAGGCUCUAAAGACAAGAAGGAGGGAGCUAAAGACAAACACAAAGACAAGGACAGGAAGGUGUCUUCAGAACAAACUAAGGACAAGAAAGAAAAAGCUUCACAGGACAAGCAUGCUGACCGGGAUAAAGAUGUCCUUGAGGUGAAGAAGGAGGAAAGGAAACCUGAGAAAGUUAAACCUGAGAAAACAUGGUACAAGAUAGCAGACAUUUUCACAGAUGAAAGUGAGGAUGAAGAAGACAAUUACAAUGGGGGUGUGGCCAAGUUAAGUGAUUCCCUUGGGUUGUCCGAUUCUCACAGGAAAGACUCCACAUCUGACAGGGAUGAGCUUGAUCACUUCCAAAUGGAAAAACCCAGAAAAUAUUCUGCUGAGGCCAAACACACAACAGAAAAACAGAAAGAAAAAGACCACAAGAAAAAAGACAAGACCACAUUUGAUAUGGGGAAAGAGAGGAAGGGUUCCUUGGAGAAACACAAGAAAGAUAAGGAUUCUGUUGAUGCAAAACACAAGGAACGCAAAGACAGAAUGUCUUUGGACUCAAACCAAGAGAAGAAAAACAAGCAGAAGCUGCUGGACAAGAGGGACGCCAAUGAGGAAAAGACCAAGAGUAAAUAUAAAGACAAGCAAGAUCAUGUUAACGACAGAAAGCCCUCAAAGGGGAGUGGGGAAAAUGAAAAGUCGCUCUUGGAGAAGCUGGAGGAAGAGGCCAUGAAUGACUACAAGGAUGACUCCAAUGACAAGAACAGUGAGUUAUCCUCAGACAGCUUCACUGAUCAGGGUCAUGAGCCAGUGCUCAGCAGCUACUAUGAUUCCUCCAACAUCAGCCUUCCAGACAUUACUGAUGAGAGACGAGACUCGCUCUCCAUAUCUAAUCCUCAAGACAAGUUCAGAGAGAAAGAGAGGCACCGGCAUUCAUCAUCAUCGUCGUCCAAAAAGAGUCAUGACAAGGAGAAGGACAAAGUCAAGAAGGAAAAGGGGGAUAAACAAGACAAGAUCGAGGAAAUAAGAGAAUCCUAUGGACGCAGAGAAAGUCUGCCCUUCGAGAAAGAGCCUAUGCCAUUAGAAGCGGACCCUUACACAUUUCCAUUUGGGUCUAAGGGUGAUAAAGAUGAAUUUGAUAAGACAUUGGAGUUUGAAAAGGAGAUGUCUAAAAAAGCUGACAAAGACAAACUGAGUACUGUCAUCAGUGAUAAGAUCAAGGACAAAAAGAGAAAAGAGAAACAUAAGGAGAAAGUCAAAGACGAGAAGCACAAGUACACGGAUGGCUUUGGAUCCCUUAAACACUCCAAGGAGGAGAUUAAAUGUGGAAUGAAAGAGAGUCCUCAAAUUAACAAUUUGAAGGAAAGAUCAAAGGAAGACAGUCCCAAAUUUGAUGUGAAAAAAGAAAGAAAUCGAGACUCUUUGGACAAAGACAGUAGGGCGGACCAUGUUAAGUCCAAGGUUAAAGAAGAAAAUGAAAAAGUAAUUCAGUCUAAAGACACAGCUCGCAAAGACAACCGUCCACGUUCAAAGCUUCUGGUUGAUGGGGAUCUCAGACUAACCAGCUUUGGGCAAAUGUUAGGUUUAAAAGACCAGGAGAUUGAAGAACGCCAUAAGAAGCAUAAGGAGAGGAUGAAGCAGAUGGAGAAACUAAGACACAGAUCAGGGGAUCCCAAACUUAGGGAUAAAACAAAGUCCACUGAGGAAAUAAAGAAAAAUCGCAAUGAACUAUCAUCCAAAAAAUCUAAUAGUUUAGAAUCUGCAUUGAAAGAGAAGAAGCUCAAAGAUAUUGGUCUCCCAGCCCAAAUGAUGUCUCCGGAAAGAAAGCCACAACCCAUUGACACUCAAAAUUCAAAGGACUGGCUUGCAGGCCAUCAGAUGAAAGAAAAUCUCCCAGCCUCACCUAGACAAGAUCAGAAUAGACCAACGGGUGUUCCCACCCCCACAUCUGUAAUCUCUUGUCCCAGCUAUGAGGAUAUCAUGCAGACGCCACGGACUCCAUCCUGCAGUGCAGAGGACUACCCUGAUAUAAUGUUUGAUGGGUUAGAUUGUCAGAACUCAUCAGCCAUGGCCAUGUCUAUGAAUGCCUGCUCACCAUCCUUCUUUGACAGGUACUCCAACUCAUCGCACACCUUCCAAGAAGGGACUUGUAUUACUCCGGCUAAGAAUCUCCAGUUGCCCCUUGUCAGUCGAUCGGCUUCAUCUGAUAUUAGAAGACCCCUGGAAGAGGAGUUCAAAGCUGAAGCUGGCAAGUUUCUACAACACAUUUUGCCAGACGCCUCUGAGUUUGACUUGGCAGCCGCCCAGCCUCCAGAAGACAAGGCAGCAUCAGUGGAGAGACUUGAAUGCCUGUCUCCUCCUUACUUCUCACCUAUUAGAAUGCUGUCUCCCGGUCUGGAACUUGCCGAACCUGCACUAGAUGGGGCCACCACAGCAAUGGCUGGCACAGAGACCUGUGAACACCUACCUGAGAUUGUCUACAACAACUUCCUGAUGAAGCCCUCAACGCCAGUCCACAGACCUGACACCCAGGAGCCGUGUCUGCACAUUGCUGCUCCACCCACCCCUGCACCUGCUGCUCUUCCUCCCCUGGAUAUUGAUGACCUUUCUGAGCCUCAUCAAAGUGAGCACAGUCUUGUUCCCUCUGACCCAGUCAGUGGCAGUGAGUAUCUGCCCCCUGUUGUGGAGGAGGAGGAAGAGGAGGACAAUGAAGAGGAGGGGGAGGAAGAAGAAGAGGAGGAGGUGGAAGGGGAUCUUGAAGAACCAACAUAUUCUGAUCAUCAUGCUGCUGAGGAGACGAGGGACGUCUGCUCAUUCUCUCCUCCAAGAGUUGAAGAGCCUUUGAGGAAGAGCUGGGAUGAAUCUCCAGACAGAAGAGUUACAGAGUUGCAUCAGUUGACUCCCCCACAUCCACCACCCAACCAGGUGGAGAACUCCAGUGAUCAUACCAUCAGCUGGAACUCUGAGAUGAUUUUGAAAUCUCCUCAAAGGACUUAUGGGGAAAUAGAGGCAGCUGUCUCCAAGAUAACCAGCCCCUUCUCGCAUUCAGACAGUGAUUUGCAGCACAUUACUGCCAUACCUGGCCAUCCAUCAGUGACCCCUCCAUAUGCUGCUUACAGGUCUUAUGUGCCUGACCCUGACUUUGACGAGCAAAAAGAGGCUGUGGAGGACAUUCCAAUUUCUCCAGCAAGACCUGAAAUGACACCCAUGGAAUUGGAACCAAACUACUUGACAACCACCUCAUCCUCCACAAGGUUAGAGUCUUUCUUCACAGACUGCAAGCCAAACUUGGAGGAUAAUCACCAGAUGGACUCAGAGCUUUCUUGUGCAGUACAAGAUGGCAGACAAAACUCCCAUGGCUUUACUUCUGAGAGCCAUAUGCCUCUAGCAGUAAGCAACGAGCCAGUGGUGCCCUGGACAGACCCAUUCUCAGCUACAGUGGAUGAGCUGGAUGAUCUUGGCCCUUUCUCUCUACCUGACCUCCCUUCUCUCUCCCUCCCGACCUCCCUGCCAGACAAGGAGAUGCCAGAGCUUGACAUCAGAGAUGCAGAGCCAGCCGACUACAAGCCUCCAUCUGCUCAUAUAAGGCCUCCUGCUAUUGAAACAAUAGAGGGUGAAGAGCUUAUGGAGGUUGACCUGCCUAUCCUGGCCAAACCCCUGUGCCCUCCCGAGGUCCUAACACUCAAUGAUUCUUUGCAUGAUUUGGUUGUGCCCUCACCAAAACACAAUUUCCAACCAGAAUUUGAGUCUGAGCCUCAGAAUGUCCCUGAAAUGAACUUGGUGAAAACACAGGUCUUCGAAAACAGAGUCACAUAUGAAGAGACUGAUGAGAGCGAUGGAAACAUGUUCUCAGCUGUUGAUACAAACAAUACCCAGCAUCACAAGCAGAUGUCACUGACCGAGUCUUUAUCAGUUGUAAUUACUCCAUGUAUGGACUCCAUGACAACUGUUAAACCAGAACAAAGUGGGCAGGUAUCAGAUCCCUUUGUUGGGCCAACUUGCAGUCCUGUCCCCUCAGUUCCUCUGCCAGUUGCUGUCACGAUUUCUGGAACAGUCCAUGUUUCGGAAGCUCUUGAGACCACAUCUAAGCUCACGGUCACUCUGACAACGUUGUCAACUGACCUUCCCAAGAAGGUGGAGGAGAUCCCACAGAGGAUGACCAGAAACAGGGCCCAGAUGCUGGCAAAACAGGAGAAUACCACCACCACAAAAAAGCCGAGUAGUAGAGUAGUAGCAGAGAGUACAACCACCAGCAUUAUACCUUCUAGCGUGAUACCUCCAUCUGUCCCUACCCCUGUCACCAUGAGCAUGGCUGUAACCACAACCACCCCUAUCCCCACCCCUACCUUUGUCCCCUUUGUUGUUCUGGAGAAAGAAAAGGAACUUGUCACCACCAUCUCCACCACACCAACCAUUACCCCGGCUCCCCCUCCGCCGCUUCCUGUAGUGGUCAGCAAAACUAAAGGGCGGCCUGUGGAGGAAGAGGAAUCCCAGACGCAGCAUCCACGCAAGAGGAAGUUCCCCAAACCGCAGGUUCAGCUGGUCAACACAGCCAUGCAGCAGACCAGGGAGAUGAUUCAACAGACGCUGGCUGUCAUUGUCAAUGCCAUCAAACUGGAUGACAUAGAACCCUACCACAGUGACCGCUCUAACCCUUACUUCGAAUACCUGCAGAUAAGGAAAAAAAUAGAGGAGAAGAGGAAGAUCUUGUGCUACAUCACACCACAGGCCCCUCAGUGCUACGCUGAGUAUGUGACCUACACAGGCUCCUACCUGCUGGAUGGCAAGCCUCUCAGCAAGCUGCACAUCCCAGUGAUUGCUCCACCUCCAUCGUUAUCGGAGCCCCUGAAGGAGCUCUUUAGACAGCAGGAGACAGUGAGGGGGAAGCUGAGACUGCAGCACAGCAUAGAGAGGGAAAAGCUUAUUGUCUCAUGUGAGCAAGAAGUACUGCGGGUCCAUUGCAGAGCGGCAAGGACGAUAGCCAAUCAGGCCGUCCCAUUCAGUGCCUGCACAAUGUUACUGGACUCUGAGGUGUACAACAUGCCAACAGAGAGUCAGGUGCGUCUGUGGGUGGUUAAAAAGGGUGAUGAGAACAAGUCAGUGAGAGAUCGCUUCAACGCUCGCCAGUUCAUUUCCUGGAUCCAAGACGUGGAUGACAAAUAUGACCGCAUGAAGACGUGUCUGUUAAUGCGGCAGCAGCAUGAGGCAGCUGCCCUGAACGCAGUGCAGAGGAUGGAGUGGCAACUGAAGGUGCAGGAGCUGGACCCUGCUGUACACAAGUCUCUGUGCGUCAACGAGGUCCCCUCCUUCUACGUGCCAAUGGUUGACGUCAACGAUGACUUUGUGCUGUUGCCCGCGUGACAGAAACAUGCACUCGUUCACAGAGUUAGAGGUCAAAUAUCAUCACUUAUCAAAGAGACAUCAAACAGAACGUAUGGUAAGGGCUAGCCGGUUUGAAGAGGAAUAAAACCUAUAUAUUAUAUAGAAAAAAUUCAAAGAAAAAAAAACUUGCUAAUGAUUCCCUUCCAUGAGAGGAGGAUGCAUCUUUUUACUGGGGAAAAACACAACUUGCACUUUCAUCCCUCAAGUUUUUAUGCUUUUGUUCAGAAUAUAAAAAGCAAAACGGCUUUGCUUUGAAGCGCCCAACACCACCUCCCUUUUAGGUGAUGUUUGGACAGAGAAUAGGGGAUAAGAUAUAGAAAUAUUUUUCUGAAUUUUUUUGGUCCCCGUAAAAUCAAACAACAAAGGAACGCUGGAGAGGAGCCCUCCCAUCAUUCUGGAUCAUCUCCUGGUGGAUGAGAAUGAGGCACCACAGUGGACACAGAGCUCCAGGUGAGCCUUGAGGAGGAGAACGCAGCACAUGGCCAGAAGGGCAUGCAUGCGCGAUAUGGUGGUGCAACAAGUAAUAUCUGUGGGACCUCCAGCCUCUUCCUGUUGAAAGGACAGGAGGGUCUGUGUGGGCGCUGUCUCUGGUCAGGAACAUAAGGCCACACUCAGUCAGAGAGCUUCAGUCCCCUCUGUCCACAGCCCACCACCACACCCGGUAGAACCAGCAUCCUGCCCCGGAGCAGAGUACAGCCAAGGGUCCAUAGUGUGUCGGGGGUUAAUGUCGGAGGGGAAGAGGCGGCAUCUUCCGCCUCAUGGGCAGAGGAGUGAGGCAGAGAAUGGGGAUGAACCGGAGCAUCCCCACUAGAGUCUGGUCACCUGGUUCUGCAUGCAGGAAGAACCAGCCUCUGACACUCUGCCAAGAUAGGUAGAACACACAUACCUGUUCACCUGCAACUAUGACUGCAAAUGGAAAAACAGGAUAAAAGAAUAAUUCAAGAAUGUUGCGAUUCAAAGAUUCAAGACUAAACAGAUGGUGGUUUAGAGGAGAAUAUUCUUCUUUUUGUCUUUCUUUACUUGGGCAUUUAAUUGUUUCUGAGGAAGUGACUUGAAACACUACAGAGCCAAUAUUAGUUUAAUGGGAAAAAAGAAAACUGAAAAAAAAUUGUAUUCCGUAAAUUAUGUACAGUUUUUAUAUUCGUUAACCAAUGUAUUCUUGCUGCCUUCUAGAUAAUUUAUUUUGCCACACAUUACUGCACAGUUGUAAAUAACGUAUGUACUGUAACAUCACUCAGUUAAGUGUAAAAAAAUAAAUGAAUAAAAAUGA